CAGGUUCUGAAACCUGGGGGGGCCAAAACACAUACAUUUGUCCUGGACAAGUGUGCGUGUAGUCCGAAAAAAGCGUAGUAAUAGUCAUUUAGAAUUAACAAACAAAUAACAAAAAAGCCAAAUCGAAAAAUAUAAUGUCGACGAGUAAAAGUAAGCAUCGAGAAUGCAACAGUCCAGUUAGGGUACUCGAUAAGCAAACAGACGACCAGCCGGACGGCAGUGUUGAUCCGAUUCCGGCGGAUAAUACCGUUCAGUUGGAGUUCUUACAGUUUCUAAAGACACUGGACGAUGCGCCCCACGAUUUGGGCAGUGUUAGCCAGGAUGACAGCGCCCACCUCGGAGAACAGAUGACGAGUAGCGAUCUGGAGUCGCAACUGCCACAUAUGCCACACGACAACGACGACCUUACAGCCCAAAAGCCAGAGACGCCAUCGCCGACGAAACAGCCGCUGGAAUCCCUGUUAAGCCAUAAUUUCACCCACAAACUACAUUUGGCGGCCACCAGUGAGCAGGUGACGUUUAUCAAUUGGACAGCCGAUGGUAAGCACCUGCAGCUGGACUAUAUGGGACUGCAGGAGCACCUGUGCGGUGGCCAGUGCAUGUUCCGCAGCCGCAGCAUAUUGCAGUUCACCCGCCAGCUGAUCGAAGUCGGCUUCGAGCGUGCGCUGCAGGAGCUGGAGCACGACGACCGGCCGCAGCUGUACUAUCAGCACGCGCACUUCAAGCCCUACCAUGUGGAGCAGCUGCUGCUGAUACCCACGCCACAGUUUGAGCGGCUGGGCACGCCGAAGACGCCGCAGACCCGCAAUGCAUGUCCCCUCGGCUUGGGCACGGCCAAGGAUCUGUGUGCCUCGCAUCAGAGCGCCUACUCGCCGCUGCAGCUCGCCCGCUUUCGGUUUCAGACCCUGCUGCACUAUCACAACGAUGUGCGACUGCUCCAGGAGCGGGAACCGAACGCCGAGCAGCUCCUGCCACGACGCGGACGCAUCAGCAGCAGUAGACUGUCAGCGCAGUCGUCAUUGGCGCCAGCGCUGGCUUCCAAGCACAUGAAUCCGCGAGACUCUGUGCUGCAGUUUGAGGCUGGCAAGGUGCCCGACUACGCUGGCUUCUACGGCCGCGUGGAGCCGUCGCUGAUCAGUGAGUUCUUUGCAGAAUACUUGCCGCGCUAUGGCGCGAGUACCAGCGGCUACAAGGACAUCGUGGUGGAUGCCAGCAAGGCCAACUCGUUCCAGCAGAAUUUGCCAAUUGGCGUCGUCUCCUCGGAGGAUGAGGAUGAGCUGGCUGACCACGACAGGCACGAGACGAAUACGCUCAGUGCGGCGGGAGAGCAUGAUCGUGCGCAGACGACCGAGAACUGCCAUCCGCCACCCGAGGACAUCGAACUCGAGCAGGUCAUGCAGGAGCUGUGCGGCAUCGGUGGCGAACAGGGCGAGGUGGACCCAGAGAAGAAGGAGGUGACGCCGCUCAAGCCCAAGCUCAAGCGAAAGAAAUUGGUAAGAAAAUGCGCCAUUACGGACACGGACUUGGAGCACGAAUCGCCCACGGAUGAUCACGGUGAGGACCUGCUGCAUGCGGCUGCUGCUGCUGAGGCCUACAUAAAGGACACCCAGAAGACGGGCGCCAAGGACAACGAGGACGACGUCGACUGCAGCAGCAGCAACAACGAAACGGACAAGGAUCUUAAAUGUCAGCCAGACUCAAAGAAUGCCUCCAAGCGACGUCGCUACGAUCUGCGCAACUCCAAAUCGAAGCGACCACGCUGAAGGCACGGGAACGCUUCCCGCACAGCGUGAAAUGCACGAGGCAAGCAGCUGGAGGGGCGACUGGCUGGGACUUUCAGACCGGAGGCACAAUCAGUGCGAUGUUUACAAGUUUUAUGAGCCACCAAAUAACAAGGCGAAUAACCACAAGAGCACAUGAGCAACAACACGAACUACCGAGGCGAUCAGAUUCAAGCCGAGGCCAAUUUUCAGGUCGCCCGAGUGGUUUUUGGUUUCGAUUUCGCAAAAGCCAAAAACAAAAAAAAAACGAAAAAAAAAUGAGAAAAGCAGGAAAAUAAGCAAGCAAUGCCGAAUAGU